AUGGCGACCAACACCGCCUCCGAGAAGGAGGCCCCGCUCGUAGAAGUCAUCGACCAGGAGGAGGACUUCUUGGGAGCCUUCAAAUGCGCCUGCGCAGCCUUCGGGCACCAGACCAACGACGCAAUCUGGACCUGUCUGAACCCCGGCUGGGACACGCCCGAAGGCCAAGCGCGCGGGGCUGCCGGCAUGGUCAAGCGUUGGCGCUCCGUGACGACCGACAAGAACGGCAACCCCAACACCGUCUUUCUGAAAGCGACGCUCCCCGACCAAGACGGCUGCCGCGUCAUCGUCGGCCAGGCCAUUUGGGUACAGGCGUCCAUGGUAGACGGCCACGGCGAGCCGCCCUCGGACGACAUCCGCAGCAGCAUGGACCCCGCGGCGCUGUACCCCGGCGACGAGGCCGAGCAGCGCUACUGCGGCCAGCUGUGGCGGUCGCUGUUCCGGCGGCGCGUCGAGGUCGUGCGGGAGAAGGCGGCGUCGGCGGCAAACCCACCGUCCGUCAUGGUGCUGGACUUGUGUGCGACGGACCCGGCGUUCCAGCGCAGGGGCGUCGCGUCGGCGCUGGUGCGGUGGGGGCUGGACGAGGUGCGGCGGCGCAGGAUCCCCGAGGCCACGACCGAGGCGUCGAGUAUGGGCCGGCUGGUGUACGAGCGCUUGGGCUUCCGGCCGGAAGGCCCUGAGAUCGCGUAUGAGGUCGAUGGCGAGUUUGCGUCGCGCGAGAGGCCGUCGAAUGUCUUUAUGCGCACGGGGGGUGGCUCUUAG